CCUUACUGCCCACCUACCGUAGGGAGCAGCUCCUCCCACCUGCACAUAAAAGCCAAGUGCAUGCUACCAGCAGCUGAUCAGAGCACUUUCUCAGUCCUCCACUGUUUUGAACCAGUGAUCUUCUCUCCUUGGAUCUUGUACACUCAAGGAAAGGAAGAAAAUGCAGAUUGUCAGAACCCUGCACAUUUAGUACCCGCACUAUUAUGAUCUCUUCAUUACUGGAUGUUGAGUCUGGAUAUCAGAACUGCUACAGCAAAGUAUUCUCCUAUUAAGCUGAGGGACCAACUUAAAAUCAACAAAAUAACACCGGGCCUUACACAGACAGGAAGUCUAGGUCUCUUACAGUGAAAAAGCAAACAACCUGUCCUUCUUCUGCCCUGUCCUGAUAUCUAAAUGUGAUGGCCGUGCUGCUGGUCCCCGUGCAGCUACUGGCGGUGGCUGUCGCCAUUUACCUACAGCUGGUGAGGUCCACUCAGGGCGGCGCCUACUAUGGCAUCAAGCAGCUGCCACCCCAGGUGCCCCAGUACCAAGCCCUCGGACAACAAGUACCUCACAUGCCGCUGGGCAAAGAAGGCAUCCCGAUGCAGCACAUGGGCAAGGAGGUGCCACACAUGCAGUACGGCAAGGAGUAUCCCCACCUGCCUCAGUACAUGAAGGAGGUGCCACAGGUGCCUCUGCUUGGCAAGGACAUGGCUCCUAAGAAAGAAAAAGAAAUGCCUGUGCGCAGCUUGAGGGGUGAGCAAGGUCCCCCUGGUGAGCCUGGACCAAGAGGGCCACCAGGGCCACCAGGAUUACCAGGUCACGGCGUGCCAGGAGCCAAAGGAAAACCAGGUCCACAAGGAUAUCCAGGAAUUGGGAAGCCGGGUUUGCCAGGGAUGCCUGGGAAACCAGGGGUGAUGGGGCCACCAGGGCCAAGAGGGGAGAUGGGACCGAAGGGGGAGGUCGGGCCCAUGGGGAUACCGGGGCCACAGGGACCACCGGGACCUCACGGGCUUCCAGGAAUAGGGAAAGCGGGUGCUCCAGGGCUGCAGGGACAGCCAGGACCUAAGGGUGAACCUGGGAUGAAGGGGCCCCCAGGGGUCCCCGGGAUCCCUGGUCCAAAAGGGGAGAAGGGUGUUGGGAUCCCGGGUUUGCCAGGACUGAAGGGCCCGCCCGGGCUGCCCGGCCCCCCUGGCCCUGUGGGUCUGCCAGGGGUCGGCAAGCCGGGGAUGGUGGGGUUCCCAGGACCGCAGGGUCCCCUAGGCAAGCCUGGCCCACCAGGCGAGCUGGGGCCACAGGGACCCCCGGGGGUCCCUGGGAUGCAAGGCCCUCCCGGCGUGCCUGGGGUUGGCAAACCCGGCCAAGACGGCAUCCCUGGCCAGCCGGGCUUCCCGGGUGGCAAAGGGGAGCAAGGCUUGCCAGGCCUGCCGGGGCCCCCUGGCCUCCCCGGGGUUGGGAAGCCGGGCUUCCCCGGGCCCAAAGGUGAGCGUGGGGUGGGCGGCCUGCCCGGCCCCCUGGGGCCCAAGGGGGAAAAAGGGCACGUGGGGCCACCCGGCAUGGGGGGGCCCCCGGGAGAGCCGGGCCAACCAGGCCUGCCAGGCAUCAUGGGCCCCCCCGGUGCUGCGGGCUUCCCGGGACCCAAGGGAGAAGGCGGCGCCGUGGGGCCACCGGGACCAGUGGGCCCCAAGGGUGAACCCGGCUUGCAGGGGUUCCCCGGGAAGCCAGGUUUCCCCGGGGAAGUGGGAGCCCCCGGGCUGCGGGGGCUGCCGGGCCCCACGGGGCCCAAGGGGGAAGCCGGGCACAAGGGCUUGCCGGGGCUGCCGGGCGUCCCGGGGCUCGUGGGGCCGAAGGGCGAGCCGGGGCUGCCCGGCGCCCAGGGGCUUCAGGGCCCCUCGGGGAUCCCAGGCAUUGCAGGGCCCAGCGGCCCCAUCGGCCCCCCAGGGCUGCCUGGGGCCAAGGGGGAGCCCGGCCAGCCCGGCCCCCCCGGCUUCCCUGGCAUGGGCAAACCUGGGGCCGCGGGGCUGCAGGGCCCCCCGGGAAAGCCCGGGGCGCUGGGACCCCCCGGCCAGCCCGGCCUCCAGGGGCCCCCCGGCCCUCCCGGGCCCCCUGGCCCCCCAGUGAUCAUCCCCCCAACUCCGCCGGCCGUGGGACAGUACCUGCCCGAGGUGGGGCCGGGGAUAGAUGGCGUCAAGCCCCCGUACGGCUACGCGGGCAAGAAGGGCAAGGCCGCCGGUGCCGUCUACGAGAUGCCCGCGUUCACGGCGGAGCUCCUCACCCCCUUCCCCCGGGUCGGCGUGCCCGUGAAGUUCGACAAACUCCUCUACAACGGCCGGCAGAACUACAACCCCGCCACAGGGAUCUUCACCUGCGAGAUCCCCGGGAUCUACUACUUCGCCUACCACGUUCACUGUAAAGGGGCCAGCGUCUGGGUGGCUUUGUUCAAGAACAACGAGCCGCUGAUGUACACCUACGACGAGUACAAGAAGGGCUUCCUGGACCAAGCCUCCGGGAGUGCCGUUGUUCAGCUGAUGCACGGAGACAAGGUUUACGUUCAGAUGCCAUCCGAACAGGCAGCAGGACUCUAUGCUGGGCAAUACGUGCAUUCGUCUUUUUCAGGAUAUUUAUUGUAUCCCAUGUAAAAACAAAAACCAGACAGUCACACACACACAUACAAAUCUAAACCUUUCUUCUCCGCUUAAAACUCUUAUACCAUGAAAGAUGCAUUUAAUGACUGUUUCGGACCAUCUUGUACAAAAAAAAAAAUACAAAGUUUAACAUUAUGCACAGCUAGAUAUAAAAAAAAAAAAAGUGUGGUGAACAUAUUUAAAGGUGUGUAUCAGGUUCAUAAACAGUCAUUUUGCACCCAAGGGGGACAUAUUAGCUGUACAUUAUAUAUUUCUGUGACGCCAUGCUUCAUUUCAUUCACAAUAAUGCAAUACUAAGGUUCAAAUCAGUUUACGUCACUCUCCUGUUGCAUAUUUAAUUGAUGCAUUGAUCAUAGUUAUGAGAUGAAAAACAGUGACUGAAAACAUAGUAGGUCAAUCUCAAAUUACAUGGAAAAAUUGAGUGGCUUUUUACUUGUUUGGGGGGGUUUCGGUGGUGGGUUGGUUUUGUUUUGUUUUGUGGGGGUUGCUUUUUUUUUUUUUUUUUUUUGACAGAAGGGCUGCCAGACAGGCAGAGGUUCUUUUAGCUGGAGAUCUUUAUUUCUCUUCCCGUGUAAGAUAUUCCUGCAGGUAUUUGAUUUGUUUUCCUAAACAAUUUGUUUAUUAUGGAAAAGGACUAGUGAUGGCAUAACCAUUCCCUGAGAGCUUUCUCUGGGCGUUUCUGGACUCAGAAGGGUGCCUGACUCCAGUGGGCACUGGGUUCACCUCCAAAUGCCAGAGCAUCCAAAAAGCCUCCAUCUGCAUUUGCACUGUUGAAGCAGAUGAGGUAGAUCACACAAAAUUUAAAGUCUUCCUAUGGGCUUUAUGCCACGUGAUUAAGACAUCUUGGCUGACAUGUGGCAAUGCAGCAGGGUGGUAUAAAUUUGCUCCAAUUCCUGUAUUCAUGCUAAAAACCUGCAGUCUGUCUGGCUUGUAAUAAGAUACAGGUAUUCUGCCACUCAGCCAAAAUUAAAUCAGUUUACUCUUUGAUGACUAGGCAAAGCAGAAGUAGCUCUGCUUGCUAAUUAACUAAUUCAUUGUCUGAGAUCAAUCAGUAACUUUACCAGCAAUACUGACCAUAAAAAUUUAUCCAACAACUUCACUUUACAUAAAAGCUGAUUUCCAAUCCUUAUUUAUGUGUUACCAAUUGUCUAGGAGAAUCUGCAGAGGCCUCAAUCUUUUCUGUAUGUGGGGAAAAGCAACUUUUAUGCAAGAACUGUCUGUUCAUCAAUGGUGCUAAUCUCACCUCAAGAGUAUUAAUUUAAAAAUGACAGUGUCCUUUUCUGUGUUUCCCUGUACAGUGCUGCACAUCACACACUUACGUUAGUUGAAAGAGUCAAAUACUCCUCACUUCUUCCAUGUCUUAGCUAAUGCUACUGCUUUUGAUUCAAAAAUGAACUAGAUUUUUCAUGCAGAACUAAAAUUGGAUUUAACUGGCAUUACUGUUAUUUAAGUGCAGAGUUUAAUGCAGUCUAACAUUGACUAAGGACUCCAGUGAUAUAAUGUGGUGCUUUAUCUCAGAAAUUUUAUGGAACGUUGGCAGGAACGGACGGACAGCUUACCAGGCAUUGGUGACUUGGGUAUGUUUCCAGAAUAUAUGAGAUAUGUCAAAAGCAAAUAAUUUUGUAUUUAAAAUUUUUGUACUGAUUUGAAAAAAAAUAUCUUAUUAAAUAUCUUUAAAAAAAA